UCUCCAGGUCCCACAAUGAGUAAACGCAUCGACAACGACUGUGGAGCGGCGCCCCCUGUUGACCUGGCGUUCAAGUGCAUCAACACCAUGGAAGACGUGCUCCAGGAGGACCCCCGCGAGGGGCUGAAACCCUUAAAACGCGCAAAAAACGGGACACUAAUAAGUCAGGCGCUGCGGCUGAAUAACAACACCCUGACAGAUCUACACGGCUUCCGAGAAAUAGCGGAGAAACUGCUGAGUGAACCGUCCCAACUCUGCUGGAUAGACCUGUCCUUUAAUUACCUGCCCAACAUAGACCCCGUCCUCACCACGUACCGUCAUCUGUCUGCGCUCAAUCUGCAUGGAAACAGCAUCAGCAACCUGAGCGAGGUGGACAAGCUGACCGCCCUGCCGAACCUCAAGAGCCUCACCCUGCAUGGCAACCCCAUCGAGACAGAGAGAGGGUACAGAUCCUACAUCCUGUCUCUCCUGCCCAAUCUCAAGUCCCUGGACUUCAGCGCGGUCACCAAGCAGGACCGGGUCACAGCGGAGACAUGGAGGCGGAUGAACCUGAAGAGCAAACGGGUCAAGAAGGAGUGAUGGGCACGGAGACCACCACGUCACAUACACCAUGGGGGCAAUAAAUCUGUGCUCAUACCCCCCCCAGGACACAUCCAGCCCCGCGUCACUGCCCUCAGACAGAUAUAUACGGACACCACGCUGCAUAUCUGCCGUGCUCACAUCUCUGCUUGCUGUUUUUGAAUGGAAACAAACAGGACCGGACUGAGAUUUGUGUUGUGGAUGUUUAGCUCCGGACUGGAUACAAUUGUAACAAACCCUCAUGUGUGAGCAAAACACAUCCCUUUCUUUCUUUUUUUUUUCCCCACUCACUGACAGCAAGCAGAGGUGUUAAAGAUGCAAAACUGAAACAGAGAAAUCUAUUAGAAAUGUUGUGAACUUUAUGAAAGAGCUUUCUGUAAAGAGAACCGGAGCCGCUAUGUAAGUCCGGACUUUAUUUUAGAAAAAUACAUUUAAUUUAUUUUUAAAAAAAA